AUGCUAAAUUCAAAGAGUAAUAUCUAAGUUUAUGAUAAGAAAAUUCAAUAUCAAAAGCCACCUUUUCAAACUUUUAUUGGAGCAUAGGCCGCAACUAGUAAUCAUAAGUCUGAUUUCAGUCUUUAAAAAUACUGCGACUAAAAUACAUUAGAUUAAAUCAAAUCUCUAGUUCAAGAAAAUGUAAUCAAAAAAAUUAAAGAGAUUAAAGAUGAGGCUAUAAAAGAAAUAGAGGAAGAUAAUUUAAGGAAAGAACAAGAAAAGAUUAGGUUGAUUGAAUAAGAAAACUUAAGAUAACAAGAGGAGUUGAGACUAGAAUAGGAAAGAUAAAGAUAAAUUUAAGAAUAGAUAGAAAAUGAAAAAAGGAAGGAGAAUGAGAAAUAAACCUAAGCAUAAAAAAACUCGAAAAUUAAUAAGAAAAAUGAUAAAAAGUAGUCAGUAGCGAUGAGAAAGUCUAGAAACUCGAAAGUUAUAGUUGAGGAGGAAAGAGGAAAUGAAUCAAAGAAAAGUUCACCAAUUUCAUAUUGUAGUGAAAGAUCAUCAACCGUUGUUGCAUUACCAAAAUUUAAACAGAAAAAGAAAAGAGUUAUAAAAGAGGACGAUGAUGAGGAAAUGAGCGGCAAUAAUAAUGAUAACUCAAGUGAGGAGGAAUCAGAUUCAGAAAGUUCAACUGAUAGCAGCAAUGAUGAGGAAGAAGAAUCCUCAGAAACAACUAAGGAUGAUAAAAUGGAUGACGAUUGGGAAGAAUUUGAUGACAAAAAAACAAAUUUUUCAACCAAUAAAAAGUCCAAGACUCCUUAAGUAAAAUCUAAAUUGUUACAAAAAACGACUCCAUUGUAAAAAAAUAAAAUCGAAAAAUAAAAACCAAAAUCCCAAUAAAAAGUAGAAACUAAAACAAAUAAUAUAUAAAAUAAAAAAUAAAAAGAGUUCAGCUUCAAAACAAAUCAAGAAGAAAAAAUCGGGGAAAAAAUCGAGCAAAAAAUCCCUUAAUAUAUCAACUACCAAGAAAGAAACAUAAACAUCAACUCCAGUAGAGAAGUAGAUAACUCUAAGUUGAUAUAAGAGUCAGCCCCAAUAAAAAAGGAAGAUAAGAGCAGAUAACAAUAGAUCUAACAAGUGAAUAAGAAUAACAAGAAAUCCUUGUCUAUUAAUAAAAUCAAAUUGAAAAAUAAAAAGAAAUCUAAAACAUUGCCAGCAUAGUCAAACAAAAAUUAAGCAACAACAUCCAAGAUUUAGGCUAAAUAAGGCAAGAGUAGCAAUACUAAGUCCUAAUAAACUUAAAAAAAUAAUAGCUGCUAGAAAGUUUAGCCAGUUAUUAAAGGCAAAACAAAAGCUAUUUCUAAAAAAAAUAAGACUGGUAAAGCUAAAGUCAUAUAAAAGUCAAAGACUAAUUCAUGCAAAAAGAACUGCUAGUGCAAUCCUCAAAUGUUAAGCUAGAGUAGAUAUUUUUAAUACAUCAAAUUAAAAUAAGGAGAUUUGACAUAUAUGGCUGUUGGUAAAAGUAAUUACUCAGGAAUACUUCAUUUAGUUAUUGAAACUGAAGGAGAACAAUUCUUUGAGUACAGAUUUUUCAAAGAUUCGCUAACUUAUAUGAGAGAAUAGCACUAAUGA